AUGUCUGGCAUAGCACGCAAUUCUUAUAAACUUUUUGUUGGUAAUCUACCAUGGACCAUUGGCCAAAAAGAAUUACAAUCAUAUUUUUCCAAUUUUGGUCAUGUCGCAAAUGCCGCCGUUGUUUUUGAUAAACAGCUAGGCUUCUCAAAGGGAUAUGGCUUCGUAUCAUUUAGCAGUCGCGAUGGAUUUAAUAGUGCUUCUAAUAAAAAUACACAUUUCAUCGAAGGACGAGUACUCAAAGUGCAGCCAGCCAACUCUUAAGAAUAUGCGAAAUAGAAAUCGUCAUCGACAUGUUAAAUUUUUAUCACUUGUAUUUAUUGAAAAAGUUCUUUAUUAAAAAUAUUUCGUAAAACUUUACAAAAAGACAUAUA